UCCGUAGCCCCUGGGACAAUUCCGGAGACAUUCUACCUGUCCAUCUACCCUCCAUCUCUCUGAGGACUCUCUACCCAGCCUUUCCAUCUAGACCGUCUCCAGGCCAUCCCUUCCCCGACUACUCCCUCUGUCCCGGCCGCCUAGCUCCACCACCUUGGGUUGCCAUGACGUCUGGAGAGCCCCUGCACGUCAAGACCCCCAUCCGUGACAGCAUGUCCCUGUCCAAAGUGGCAGGCACCAGUGUCUACCUCAAGAUGGACAGUGCCCAACCUUCGGGCUCCUUCAAGAUCCGCGGCAUUGGACACCUGUGCAAGAAUUGGGCUGAGCAAGGCUGUGAACAUUUCGUCUGCUCCUCGGCGGGCAACGCGGGCUUGGCAGCCGCCUAUGCUGCCAGGAAGCUGGGGAUCCCCGCCACCAUCGUGGUGCCCAGUACCACACCUGCCCUCACCAUCGAGCGCCUCAAGAAUGAGGGUGCCAUAGUCAAGGUGGUAGGUGAGAUGUUGGACGAGGCCUUCGAGCUGGCCAAGGCCCUGGCAAAGAACAACCCAGGCUGGGUCUACAUUCCUCCCUUUGAUGACCCCCUCAUCUGGGAAGGCCACACUUCCAUCGUGAGGGAGCUGAAGGAGACGCUGAGCGCCAAGCCAGGGGCCAUCGCGCUGUCAGUGGGUGGCGGGGGCCUGCUGUGCGGAGUGGUCCAGGGGCUGCGGGAGGUGGGCUGGGGAGAUGUGCCUAUCAUCGCUAUGGAGACCGUCGGAGCCCACAGCUUCCACGCUGCCACCACUGCCGGCAAGCUCGUCUCCCUGCCCCAGGUUACCAGUGUGGCCAAGGCCCUGUGCGUGAAGACCGUGGGGGCUCAGGCCCUGAAGCUAUUUCAGGAACACCCCAUCUUCUCUGAAGUCAUCUCGGACCAGGAGGCUGUGGCUGCCAUUGAGAAGUUCGUGGAUGACGAGAAGAUCUUGGUGGAGCCCGCCUGUGGGGCAGCCCUGGCCGCCGUGUACAGCCGUGUGAUUCAGAAGCUGCAAGGAGAAGGCAAGCUCCGGGCCCCGCUGUCCUCCAUCGUGGUCAUUGUCUGUGGCGGCAGCAACAUCAGUCUGGGCCAGCUGCAGGCCCUCAAGGAACAGCUGGGCAUGAAGAACGGGCUGCCCAAGUGAGGGACCAUCCCCACCCGUCUGCCUCCUCUCCCCUGGGGACCCCUGGAGGAGCUGGAGUUUUAUCCAGCCCCUCGCUGUAAAUAUUCAUGUGUCUGCCUGGGAACAUGCUGGGGCAGCCGGUUAGUUUCUCAGUCCCACGAGCCCGCUGUGCCGAGGGGCCGCUCCGAGGUGGAGCCGGGCCAGCAGCCAGCGAGGCCAUGAA